UGACACGAAUGCGUAAAAGUCAGUAUGAAGCGUAAAAUUUAUAACAAUAAAUCACGUUACAUGUCGGAUGAGAUUAUAUUGAGUUGAAAUUUCAUUUUCCAAAAACAAUCCUAUUUGCACUUAAUUCUUAAACUUCUCUUACGCUAUAACAGCUCAGUUGCACUCGUCCGGGUCACCGAGACGAGAAAUGGACCAAAUGAAAUCCGUUUAAUUUUCCGAAUCACUGUUUUCCUUUCCAUUUCGCUUGGACGGACGAAACGAACGGACACUCUCACUCCACAUACACUCGUGGCGCCCACUCACCCACGUAGUUCGGUCUGCUGCUGUUCAACUUCCAGUUCGCUGGUUGCAUAAUGUUCCUGUCCGACCGAUCGAUUCUGCUGCUGAAGGGAAUGAACAAUUUUCCUAAUGGCUUCGGCUUGGAGCAGCAAUUCAAACCGCUAAACCUGGGCGGGCUGAGCAAGCAGAAUUCGAUGACCACCGACAAGAAGCUAAACCGGGUGACCACGGUGGGCAACAUCAAGAUACGACCCAUCAGUCCGCUGGAAACGCUCCACAAUACACGGGAAGUCGUCGAACACCUGCAGGAGCUGGCCGCCAAGAUAAACGACUGCUUCGGCAAGCAGGCCAUCUUCUCGCUGCUGUCGGCCUUCAUCUGCGUCACGGUGCAGCUCUACUACAUGUUGAACCACAUCAAGUCCGGUUUCACCAACAACCGGACGGAGAUUUAUGCACUGGCCGCCUGCAGUAUGCUGUUCCUGCACGGGGUGGAGUUUUGGGCCCUGUUCACCAGCGGCGAGAACGUACGGCUCAAAUGGAAGAAUCUGAUCAACUAUGUGUUCUUUAUGAAGUCAAAAUCGAACGACGACGAGUUUCGCAGUCGGGCUGAUGACUUAGUUUCUUUCAUGACAACGAACCCUCUGGAAUUCAGCGCCUAUGGACUGUUCCCGAUUGAUUUAUCCGUAGUUUCCGGGAUUGCAUCUUCUAUAACUACAUACUUGAUUGUGCUGGUGCAGUUCAAGAUUUCGGAAGAUCAGGCAAAUGGCGAUGACAGCCUAAACAUGGGCGAUUCGAACCAAAUGCAAUAUUCUACGUCCUAA